AUGACGUGCUGCGAGGGGUGGACAUCCUGCAAUGGCUUCAGCCUGCUGAUUCUGGUCAUUCUAGGAGUGGUUAUUAAUUGUAUACCUCUGGGUAUAAGCUUAGUGGAGGGCAACUCAGCGUCCCCAAACAUCAUCUCUUGCUAUGAGUGGUGGUUCCCAGGAAUUAUUGGAGCAGGCGUGAUGGCCAUCCCAGCAACAACAAUGUCGUUGGCCUCCAGAAAAAGAGCAUGCUGCAAUAACAAGACAGGGAUGUUUCUCUCAUCGCUCUUGAGCGUCAUCACAAUCAUCGGGGCUGUGUACUGCAUGCUGGUGUCACUCCAGGCUCUCGCGGAAGGUCCCCUCAUUUGUAACUCUCAAGCCAACAGUACUGUCUCUUGUGAAUUUUCGUUGAGAAACUUAAGUAACUUCCAGCCUGAAUCCUUCGAGCUCCAGUGGUUCUUCGAAAAAUCUUGUGUUUCUCCUGAUUCCAAUAACUCCACCAACAGUGACAAAGACAAUAACUGGAGCAUUCCCAGCUCUGACUCUGAAGAAGACAGACACAGAAUUUUCCACUUCUCUGUAUUUCUGAGUCUCCUGCUUGUUGGAAUCCUUGAGCUCCUGUUUGGGCUCAGUCAGAUACUCAUUGGUUUCCUUGGCUGUCUGUGUAGUGGUGUUUCUAGGCAAAGGAGUCGAGUUGUGUAG